AUGAGAUUCUGUACCUUUUUAUCUGCUACCUUAUACGCUGUUUCAUCCAUUGCUUUUGCCGCUCCAAUCAAUGAAACUGGUACCAAAGAUACAGAUCUGAUGAUCCCACAAGAAGCUGUCCUGGGUAUUUUGGAUUUAUCCGAGGAUAAAGAUAUUGGAUUGGUUCCAAUUUCCAAUGGUACUUUUAGCGGUAUCUUAUUUGUGAACACUACUAUUGCUGAAAUUGCUAGUAAAGAAACCAGUUCUGUAACUAGAAAAAGAAGUGCUAUAGCCGAUGCUUGGCAAUGGUUAACUUUCCAAUGGGGAGAACCAAUGUACAAGAAGAGAGAUGCUGAAGCUGAAGCUUGGCAAUGGUUAAGUUUCCAGUGGGGGGAGCCAAUGUACAAGAAGAGAGAAGCUGAAGCUGAAGCUGAUGCUUGGCAAUGGUUGACUUUCCAAUGGGGGGAACCAAUGUAUUAA